AUCAUGCCUAAAAAUAACAAAUUUACAAGGACUAGAAGUAAGACAUCUCUCUCCUCUUCUCAUGGAAUGCAACUUUGGUGUAUAUCAUGAAGACACUCCGCAGCUUAACAUAAAUCUCACUAUAAUAUUUCUCUGUGUUGAUCAAAAAAAAAAAAUUCUAUGUUAAAACGUCGUCGUGUCAUAAUAACAAAGGAAGUCAAAACGCCGUCGUUUAACUGAGCUCUACUGUGCAAAAUGUCUUAAACCCAGGUAGUUCUGUAGUGAAGAAGAAACCUCCCGACGAAACAAACAAAUGGCAACGUUAAGCCACCGCCUACGUAGCAGCUUCACGCGCCGCUUCUCCUCAACACGGAACACUCAAAGAAGCGGCGGAUCCACCAAGGUGCCAACACUCUACACAAGCCCAGAGAUCGGUUCGGACUCCACGACCACGACCCUCCAGCUCCUCUCGUGGGGCCGAGGCGCGUCGGGUCAACUCGGCGGCGGGAUCGAGGAGAUUCGGAUGUACCCGUCGGUCGCUAACCUCCUCCUUCGCCGCUCAGACCAAUCCUUCUCUCUCGCCCAGACGCCCGGAAGAAUCGACGGUAACGGGUCGGGUUUUCGGGUUGGAGUCUCUUGCGGGUUGUUCCACUCGGGUCUGACGGUCGAUGGGGAUCUGUGGGUUUGGGGGAAAGGAGACGGAGGGAGGCUAGGGUUCGGACAAGAGAGCUCUGUCUUCGUCCCCAAGUUGAACCCGCUUUUCGAGGAGCGUUCGAUUCGCUCUGUCGCUCUCGGUGGGUUACAUUCUGUGGCUUUAACACACAAAGGAGAUGUUUUUACUUGGGGUUAUGGUGGAUUUGGUGCGCUUGGACAUUCAGUUUACACCAGAGAACUCGUUCCUCGACGUGUUGAAGGCUCUUGGGACUCUAAAAUCUCUGCCAUUGCAACCAGCGGAACUCAUACCGCUGCUAUUACCGAAUCAGGGGAGCUAUAUAUGUGUAGGGAGGAAGGAGACGGUAGGCUAGUCGGGCCAGGCCGAGGACCAAACGAAGGUGGUGGGCUUAGUGUUCCCUCAAAGGUCAAAGCUUUAUCAGUUCCCGUAGCUUCUGUAACCUGUGGUGGUUUCUUCACAAUGGCGCUAACACAAGAGGGACAACUGUGGAACUGGGGAGCAAACUCAAAUUAUGAGCUCGGACGCGGUGAUAACUUGGGAGGUUGGGAACCAAUGCCAGUACCCAGUUUAGAAGGCGUUCGUAUAACUCAGAUUGCGUGUGGUGGAUAUCACUCUCUUGCAUUAACCAAGGAAGGCAAAGUGCUCUCGUGGGGACACGGUGGUCACGGCCAGUUAGGUAAUGCGUCGCUACGGAACCAGAAAGUACCUACAGAAAUCGAAGCAUUAGCAGACAAGAAGAUCGUCUUCAUAGCUUGUGGAGGUUCCUCUUCUGCAGCGAUAACAGGUGGAGGUGAACUCUGGAUGUGGGGAAACGCUAAAGACUUCCAGUUAGGAGUUCCAGGACUCCCUGAGAUCCAAACUUCUCCGGUCCAAGUCAACUUCUUAACCGAAGAAGACGAGCUUGGACCGCACAAGGUUAUCUCAGUUUCCAUCGGUGCUUCUCACGCUCUCUGUUUGGUCUCAAGAUCACAUUAAAUAAACACAUUCUGAUAUUUAACUAUGCUUUUGAGAGUAUAAUGAUUAUACAAAUAAAUGAACAAAGAUCUUUUAGCUUUA